CAAAACUAUUUACUCACAAAACAAGAUAAACCAAAUCAAACGCACAAAUACAUGUUCACGCCAUUUGAAACCAGAUUGUACAGACGUUAAAACCAUUGACAAUAACACGGGAUUUUAUUCGGCAAACUUUAUCAGAUUACGGCAGGAUCAAAUUGUGGUUAAUAGAAGGAAAAAUAUUUACAAAAAGCCUGCAUGCCUACAGAAUUUAUUUAUACACGUACAAAGGAAGAACUAUCUGAUCCAUCAAUUAGAGGAGAAGGAAGAAAGUUGAAGAAAUUGGAUCAUGCCUAUGAUAACAAUGGUUUCGCAGAGUACUCAGAAAUUAGCCAUAAAGACAUUGGUAGUCACCCAAAAGUGAACCCUUCACCCAAAGAUGAAGAUAUGUUAAGGAAUGGCUGCUCCAGGUCAACAUACGUGCCAUUGCUUGUUUUAUUCCUCGUUUCAGUGAUUGCUACGGCAGCUGCUUUAGCAGUGAUAAUGACUGAUAAAGAUGAAGAAAAACCCAAGUUUUUUGGAUAUACUGUAUUAAACCAAACCUGGAAAGCAACCUAUUUCAACCAUUCUACUGCAGAUUACCACCAGCUUGUGCAGGAAUUCACCAUGAAAAUGGACCUGCUUUUCAAGAAUAGUUCCUUCGCAGCUGACUAUAAUCGAACUGAAAUUCUAACUGUUAGGCCAGGAAGUGUGAUUAUCCUAUAUCGAAUAAUCCUGAACACUAUAACGAAACAAUUUAAUAAUCUGCUUACCUUAAUCCAAAAGUUUUUUCCUGAUAGCGACAUUUCUAUUGAUGGUCAGUUUACCACACUCAGUACAAACUAUCCAACAACACCAGUAGUGCCAACAACAACAACAACAACAACAACAGAAAUGCCAACAACAAAAUCGACAACAACAGAAGUGCCAACAACAACAACAAAAUCGACAACAACAUCAACAACAGAAGUGCCAACAACAACAUCAACAACAGAAGUGCCAACAACAACAACAACAACAGAAGUGCCAACAACAACAUCAACAACAGAAGUGCCAACAACAACAACAACAACAGAAGUGCCAACAACAACAACAACAACAGAAGUGCCAACAACAACAAUAACAACAGAAGUGCCAACAACAUCAAUAACAACAAAAGAAGUGCCAACAACAAAAACAACAACAACAGAAGUGCCAACAACAACAACAACAUCAAAAUUAACAACAACUACAGACAACUGUUUCCCACUGAAGUUCCAGAAAUGUCUUGAUGCUGGCUAUUCUCGAACCAUGUUCCCAAAUUUCAAAGAUGAAACUGCUGAAGAAGCCAUAAUAUCAUUUAAUACUUCUGCACUUCCCAUCAUAAACAGUGGUUGUUCUCCCCUCAGUUUACAUUAUAUGUGUGGUUUGUUGUUCCCAAAAUGUGAAAAUGGUCAAGCAAAAUUUUCUUGCAAGUCCACUUGUCUUGCCAUAGAAAAGAACUGUGGUAAAAAUGCAACUCUCCUGCCAUGUGAACAUUUGACUGAUGAUGAGAUGUACUGUUUCCUACCUGAACCACACACCACUGCAUCAAGUAGCAUCAGACCCUCCAGCGUUCGCCAUCAAACAACAGCAACAGAUGUUACAUGGACGACAACACAAACAAAUGACAACUGUUUCCCACUGAAGUUCCAGAAAUGUCUUGAUGCUGGCUACUCUCGAACCAUGUUCCCAAAUAUCAAAGAUGAAACUGCUGAAGAAGCCAUAAUAUCAUUUAAUACUUCUGCACUUCCCAUCAUAAACAGUGGUUGUUCUUCCCUCAGUUUACAUUAUAUGUGUGGUUUGUUGUUCCCAAAAUGUGAAAAUGGUCAAGCAAAAUUUUCUUGCAAGUCCACUUGUCUUGCUGUUCAAAAGGGCUGUGGCUCUAACAGUACAAUUAUUGAUUGUGAAAACUUGUCUGACAGUGAAGAACAUUGUUUCCUUCCUGUGUCUUCUACAACAACUCCAGUUCCUGCCAGGUCUACCUACCCUGUUCAUCAGACAACACUAACUACACACAAAACUACAGAUGUAAAUGACAACUGUUUCCCACUGAAGUUCCAGAAAUGUCUUGAUGCUGGCUAUUCUCGAACCAUGUUCCCAAAUUUCAAAGAUGAAACUGCUGAAGAAGCCAUAAUAUCAUUUAAUACUUCUGCACUUCCCAUCAUAAACAGUGGUUGUUCUCCCCUCAGUUUACAUUAUAUGUGUGGUUUGUUGUUCCCAAAAUGUGAAAAUGGUCAAGCAAAAUCCAUAGAAAAGAACUGUGGUAAAAAUGCAACUCUCCUGCCAUGUGAACAUUUGACUGAUGAUGAGAUGUACUGUUUCCUACCUGAACCACACACCACUGCAUCAACCACUGUCUCCAGUAAGACAACAAAGUCACAAACUCCAGCACCUGAUCUUUGCUUUGAUAUGAAAUCUCAUGUUUGUGAACAAGCUGGUUACAACAACACCAUGUUUCCAAAUGUCUUUGGUGAUGAAGACUACCAAUCAGCAGAGAAAAAUUUCAAGUCCCUGGCCUUGCCUCUUAUCCAACGUAAAUGCUCUCCACUUGCCUUGCACUAUGUGUGUGGUCUCAUUUUCCCACAAUGCAAUACUUUGGGACAAAUUCGUUUUUCAUGUCAAACAACUUGUCUAGCCGUGAAACAAGCCUGUGGAAAAUCGGCAAUCAUCUUUGAUUGUGAUUUCUUAACUGAUGACAAAGCGUAUUGCUUUCUUCCACCAAAUAUCACAACAGACCGUCCUACACCCACAACAACAACAGCUACAACAACCACAACCACAACAACAAAAGCAGAGGUUACAACAUUAACUCCAGAUUUGUGUAUUGUGUUGGACUUCCCAACAUGUGUGGAAGCUGGUUAUUCUAAGACAAUGGCUCCAAAUCUUCUCAAUGAUAAUGAUUUAGAAUCUAUGAAACGUAGUUUCCAAAAAAAUGCUGAACCAGUGCUGGCCAGGAAUUGUUCCGCGUUGGCUGCUCAUUACUUCUGUGGUUUAUUAUUCCCCAAAUGUGUAAAAGGCAUUUCCAAAUUCUCCUGUAAAAGUACAUGUCUAACCGUACAACAAGAAUGUGGACCAAACUCAACUCUUAUUCCUUGCGAAGGUUUAACUAAUGACGAGGAAUAUUGUUUUCUGCCACCAAAGCGUAAGUUUAUAUAUAUGUAUAGGGAUGGGGUUAAACAGCUAGCAACAAUGAAAAUAGAGAUAUUAGUGGUAACUAAUGACCCACAACAAUGCAGCAUCAUUAAUAGAUCUUAUUCUGUGAUUGUAGCUUGUUCCUACAAUGAUUUUGCCUGCACAAACAAGAAAUGUAUCAUGAAAGAAUGGGUUUGUGAUGGAGAAUCGGAUUGUAGUGAUGCAUCAGAUGAAGCCAAUUGUCUGAAGUGCAAAUCUGACCAAUUUGUAUGUGAUGACUUCUCCUGUAUAAAUAGUGGCCUGCGAUGUGAUGGCAUGAUUCAGUGUCCUGAUGGUUCUGAUGAACAGUCGUGUGUAUCCAUUCAAGAAGAUAUGUUAAGCAUCCGAGUCAAUGAACAGUUUUACCCAGUCUGUUACAGUCCAAUGAGUGAGGAAUUUGGCAUUAAAGCCUGCAAGAAGCUUGGUAUGGAAUCCUUCAGGAAUAUAACUUCAGUGGUUACUAAAUAUCAUGCAACAUUUGCACAUCUCCAGAACAAGUCUACCACAGAUUCAGUGACCUCAGUUUUUGGUCCAGCUGUUUUAAAGAAUAACUGUUCAAAUUCCCAGGUAAUCCGAAUCUCCUGCCAGCCAAGAUCCUGUGGGAUUGCUCCAUUGUUCAACACAUUCUCGAAACAUGUAUCAUCAUACGUUCCAUUGAUUGUUGGAGGUUUUGAUGCAGAACCGGGUAAAAUUCCAUGGCACGCUUUCCUAUUAAUGGGAGAAACUCUUUGCAGUGGUUCCAUCAUCACAGAGUACUUCAUCCUCACAGCUGCACAUUGUGUCAGUGGAUUCAAACCAGAGUUGAUAGAAGUUUACCUUGGUGUGUAUAAUAUCUCCAAAAUGGAACCUCACCGUGUAGUGAAGAAAGUGCAGCGUAUUGUAUCCCAUGACUUCAUAUGGGUACCAAAGAAUGACAUUGCACUGCUACAGCUGGAAACACCAAUUCAAUUCACUGAUUAUAUACAGCCAAUCUGCCUAAUUGGCAAAGACGACAUUUUCACCUUUGCCUCAAGUUGUCAUGCCUCUGGCUUUGGACACACUUCAUCAAAGAAUCCUGUUCCUUCUAAAACAUUGCAAAUGGCCAAAAUGUCACUUUGGCAGACUAAGAAAUGUAACAGUACUCAUGUUUGGAAUGGUCGAAUUAAAACUAGCAUUUGUGCUGGACAUUACUCUGCACAAGUUGCUGUCUGUCUGGGUGACAGCGGAGGGCCUCUAUGGUGCGAAGAUGAAUUUGGAAUUGCAAAGCUAGUGGGAAUCACUAGUUUCGUCGCUGAUACAUGUGACAAACCUGGAAAACCUGGCGUGUUUACUGAUGUCAAACUAUACUUACCAUGGAUUGAGGAGAAAACUGCUUGUGCAUUUAAAUGUAGGAACCAUUCUUGUUUGUUUGACAAAGCCCUUGUUUGUGACAGAAAAGCUGAUUGUCCAGAUAAGAGUGAUGAAGAUAUUUGUGAAAAAUCUGUCAAUUGUACAUUUGAUGACAAAUUUUUAUGUGGCUACAACAUGACAGACCAAUGGCUCUGGAGUGGUUCCCGGAUGGAGGACAGCACGGUCAACUUCAAACACAGCAGAGAAUUCCCUCAAUUUGAUCACACCUACGGUGGACCUCCAGGUCGUUAUAUCUGUGGUUAUUCAAAAUAUUCAGUUGUGGAAACACCUGUCUUUGAGGCUAAUAAGGCAAUGUGCUUACGGUUUUUUUAUCAACUCUGGGGUAAAGGUACUUCUAAACUCCAAGUUUUGUUGGUCAAUGAAAUGACACUGAACAUCACAGAGUUGUUGACACUGACUGAAAACUCUCCCCAGGACUCUUGGCAAAUGGCAAGUCACACUUUUAAAGUUGUUGGAAACUUCAGUUUGAAAUUCGUUCUCAGAAGCUCUGACAUGAAUGGUAUGGCCAUUGAUGAUGUUUUAGUAUCUCCUGAAGCAUGUUCGGACACAAGUUGUCUCCAGAAUGAGAUCUCUUGCUAUCAAGAGAAAGGUGACAAUGCUCUGUGUCUACGAAAUGAAACCAAAUGUAACAUCCUGAAUCAUUGUGGGAAAACAUCAAGUGAUGAAAUCAAUUGUACAGAUUCCUCCUAUCACUGUAACUUUAACGAUGGAGUGUUGUGUGGAAUUGGAGAAUCACCAGAGGUAGACUACAGUUGGAUCUUUGUACCUGCCAGUUUUACUGAGACACUUGAUCAUACAUCAAAAGCAAGCUCAGGUAUGUUGGCUUAUGCCCGAACACAUUAUGAAACCUUAGAACCAUGGGUACAAAGAAUGGUAUUAAAUCUGAGACAAGACAACAUACCUCACUGUCUUAAUUUUUAUCUCAAGUAUGAAUCAACUGCAAAUAUGCAGGUCAGUCUCAGGAAUCACUCAGAAAAAUUAAUUCUCUGGACCUACAACAAAACAUCGAUUGUUAAGUGGUCAAAAGUACAACUGACGUUACCAUCUGUUGGUCAAGAAACAGAGCUUUAUUUUGAUGUGAUCGGCAAAGUACUAGACUCCUCAACAAAGCGCCGAGUUAUGAUUGAUGAUAUCAGUAUCGAAAGAGGUGCCUGCCAAAAUCUGAGUUGUGAACCAGAAUGGUUGCCUUGUAAAUCUGGAGAUAUGUGCUACCAUUCAUCUAAGCAGUGUGACCGUGUUAUUGAUUGCCUUGAUUCCAGUGAUGAGAAAAAAUGCAAAUGCAGAAAUGAUGAAUUCCAAUGUGACUCUGACAUCUGCAUAAGUUACUCAAAGACUUGCAAUGGAGAAAAUGACUGUACUGAUGGGAGUGAUGAGAUUCGGCAUUGUGAUAUUUACAAAAAUGUAAACUGCUCUUUUGAAAAGGAGUUCAAAUGCGGUUAUAAGAGUAAUGGCACAAAAUUCACAUGGAUUCGAGUAUCGGGUACAACACCUUCUGCUAAUACAGGGCCAUCAAAUGACCCCUUUAACAAGACUGGAUCAUACAUGUAUACUGAGGGAUCGAAAGGAGAAGAAGGUGACAUUGCAGCAUUCACUUCACCAAAUUUCACAGUCAGCACUGUUGCAAGCCUUACCUUUUAUUACAGCAUGUAUGGCGAACAGAUGGGCACGUUGCAGCUGAUGGUCAAUCAGUUAGACAUUGCACAUGACACUAUACUCUGGCAGAAAACAGGAGACCAAGGAAAGUUGUGGCAUUAUAAAUGUGUUACGCUCCCAACCAGCAAAAACAUGAGGAUAUCAUUCCUUGCAAUCCGAAGUGGACAUUAUACAAAUGAUAUGGCCAUUGAUCAUAUAUUUCUACAGUAUUCCAAAUGCCCCACUAGGCUGAUUUCUUGAUCCCCCACAAAAGAUAGAUGUGUGAUUUGAGAAUAUAUGCAAUCUGAAAGCACCAGCAAAAGAGCAAACAAAACCUAUUACAUGCUCAACCUGAAAGCUCUUUGAUGUCAUUUAAAAACUCACAAAAAAAUACUCUGUUUGUCAUUUAUACUCAUUGAUCACUUCCCAACAUUUAUUUAACACAUUAAUCAACAUUAUCAGCUAUUUUCAAAUCAUGGAAAGCAACUGACAACUACCUCUGGCAGUAUAUAUAUAUGAACCUGGAACUAACCAUUUCUUAUUUUAAUAACAAUAAUAAUAAUAAAACAGUAUUUCAACACUUUCACACACACACUGUAAAAAAAAAAAAAAAAAUCAUUGCCUGCUUAGGAAGUUGGUUUCAUUGUUGCUACUAUUUUUCAUGACUCAUUUCUUAAUUCACACAUUUGACAAAACUAAUAAUUAUUUACAAAUAGACUGUUUUUUAUACUUUUCAUAAUUUCUGAAGAAUAUUAAUAUUGAUAUUGUU